GAAUGAUGCUGAGUCUGCUCGCGUUCCUUACCGCGACGAACACUUGUUUCAAGAUGCUCGGGGUGUUUAUAACAGAAAUGGAGAUGAGAGUACUUUGCGAAAGCAUCGCGGAUAAUUGGCUGACAAUCCAGGAUGAAAACGAGAGAAAGAUACUGUGCGAAUAUUCGCGAAGAGGCAGAGCCUUGACUAUUUACAUUGCUAUUUUUUAUUCGACGGCUGGUAUAUCGAUGUCUCUGCCGCCAUUGAUCCCGAAAACAUUGGAUCGAAUAUAUCCGUUAGACGAGCCACGGCCAGACGUCUACUUGCUGCAAGGCGAGUUCUUCAUUGACCGAGACGAGCAUUUUUUCAAACUACUCUUUUGCGAUGCCAUCAUGUGUAUCGCAAUGUGCACGCUCGUCAUAGGCAUCGAAAGCAUGUACAUCGUUUCCUCCCAACAUUGCUGCGCAUUGUAUGCUAUCCUUCGAUAUCGUUUACAGAACGUGAGGUCAAUAAGUUGCGACAAUCCGCUUACAGUCGUGGAUGGUGACUCGCAUAAUUGGAUGAUUCGUACGAUUGAGCUUCAUCAGAAAGCUUUAAACUUCACGUCGACAGUGAAUGCUACCUUUUCCUUGACUUUCCUGUUCAUAAUGACAUUGUUUAUUGCGAUGAUUCCUCUGACUGCGUGUUCGAUACUUGCCAACCUACGUAGUUUGCUGGGGGUUUAUCCGUACAUCGUAAUUUUCGUAGCCUUCGCUAUAAAUCUCUUCAUUCUUUGCUGGCCGGGGCAAAUGAUUCUCGACCACGGACGUAAUCUCUACGUUACCACUUACUGUAAUGAGUGGUAUGCCAUGCCUCUUCAUACCAAAAAGCUGCUUCUGACUUGCAUGCAACGAUGUUCGAAGCCUGUUUCGUUGAAUGUAGGCGAGAUAUUGGAGAUCAACUAUGAACUCUAUUCUAAAAUAUUGAAGACGGCCAUAUCCUACAUUACGGUCCUCGCAUCAUUCCGUUGAAUGUAUCUUUCCG